UCAGCACCAGCAAACCCGUGGCCGCAUGGUCAUCAGAGGCAUCAGAAUCAGUUCAUUAUCAACCGUGGACCAUAAACAUUCGACCAAGCGACAGCAAUGGCUGUGCGAUUGCUUGUUUUGUUAAAAGUUUUUAGUUGGUUGGCCGCGAUCUCAGCAUCUCCGAUCGGCUGCAGCAUACGUCACAAUCUACCGCUCGUCAGCAACCGGCAACCGUUCCCCUCGUUCUACAGCGUUGUUCGUGAUCGCACCCGGGAACAGCUGAACGCUGAUACGAGAUACGAAGAGGUGUGCAUCAUCGCUAGUGUGACAGCGGAAAGUUUGAGUACCAGGCGAACGUUUCCUGCCCAUCGUACGAUCGAGCUGUUCUAUCCGAUGAUACCAUUCUUUGGACCGAACCUAUUUACCCGCCUCAAUGCAACGACCGUUAGCCUCGAGCUGCGUAAAGGUAGCAUCAGCGAGCUGUACUUUGGGUCCGCGAACCACCUGGAAAGCCUCAAAAUCAGUGAUAUCGGUCUGAGCACGUUUGAUGUUGUGCCGGAGCCGAACUCGGUUCUACGCGCCUUAGCCAUACACGAUCGCAAACUGACUACGAUCACACCGAACAUUCGCUAUCUGGAGGAGCUGCAGCUGUUGGAUCUUUCUGGCUGCUCGCUUACAGUGUUCAAUCUCGAGACAUUGAAACCGAUGCGCUGGUUGACAGCGUUGAACCUGGCCGAAAAUCAGUUGGUGCUGAUAGACACCGGCGAUGAUGAUGUCGUUCUUCCUGAUGUGCUGAUGUUCGAUGUACAGCAGAACGAUCUGCAAGAGAUUGUCCGUUUCCCGGCGGCCGUGUUUCCCGGUCUAAAGUUCACGCGACUCAUACAGAACGAUUGGAAGUGUGAAUGGGUUGCCCGGGUAAGGGCUACAAUAUGGACCCACAACAUAACGGUGCUGGGGUCAGACUUUGGGUGCGGUACGCGUCCCAACAAUGGUGGACUCUGUUGCACACCGGCAGAGCGAGUCGAGGAACGUAUAGCCAUCACCAAGACUAUGCUGUCGGUUCUAUCUGAUCUCGAGCCAUCGGGUAGUAGCAUGCCGGACCGGACAUCUAGUACCGAUGCACCGCUUCUAACCGUCAAAGUGUUUGAAAACGAUACCAUCGAGGGGGUGAUUGGUGUUGAGAUGCAAAGUGUAGGAGUCUACUUGCAAGACCCAGUUCGAGUUGUAUAGAAGCA